AUGUGGCUCUUGAGUACUUCCCGUGCGGAACUUCAGUUCUUCUCUGCCCCGGAAGCCGUCACAGGCGGCUAUGCGAUCCUGUCCCAUACUUGGGGUGAUUGCAAGCAGUCAUUCGAGGAGAUACAAGCCCUCAACCAACAAUGCAAGACCACCGGGGAGAACCCUCGUGACCUCGCAUCGGCGAAGAUCCACGAGUGCUGCAUCCUUGCCGAACGUCACGGGUACCAGUGGGCGUGGGUAGACACGUGUUGCAUCGACAAGACAAGCAGUACAGAGCUCUCCGAAGCGAUCAAUUCGAUGUUCCUUUGGUAUGCCUGCGCGGAGGUCUGCUUCGGGUACCUCGAGGACGUCCCGAGCGACUGCGUGCUGGAAGCGUCCGACUCGGCCUUCCGAAACGCACGCUGGCAUAAGGGCGGGUGGACGUUGCAGGAGCUCAUCUCGCCCUCGCUCGUCAUCUUUGUGGCACAGGACUGGAAGACCAUCGGGACUAAACACGAGCUCGCCCAGCUGCUCCAACAGAUCACCGGGGUGGGAUGGCAGGUGCUGACGCGGGAGACCCACUUCUCGACCGCCAGCGUCGGGAGGCGCAUGAACUGGGCGAGCUCGCGGAGCACAACUCGUGUCGAGGACGAGGCGUACUGCCUCAUGGGCCUAUUCAAUGUCAACAUGCCUACGAUCUACGGGGAGGGACGUCAAGCGUUCCAGCGCCUGCAGCACGUGAUCAUGAAGCAGUCCUUCGACACAAGCCUGUUUGCUUGGGGCCGCUCGCUCAACUCUGGC